AUGUUGCUUUUGUGUAACAUUGAUAUUGUAUACGGCACUUUAGGUGAUUUUUUUAAUAAUUUCCCUGAUAACAUUGGGAAUGCUAUCAGCAACGUGUGGGAUAGUGUGAAUGCAGCUAUAAGGAGACCAGUGAAGUUAAGACGAUUAGGAGCAGGUGGAAAAAGAAAAACAACUGCAACUACAGCAACAACUCAACCGGAAACAAUUUCAAAUACACAACCUUUAAGAACAACAACAAUCGAACUUAGGACCGUGGGCACAACAACUGAGCUAUCAACAUCGAUAGACUUAUUAAGCACUAAAGUGAGAAGACUUCCACUACAUCUAGAGGAUAAUGUAUCUUCUAGAAAAGUCAGGGUGCCGCAUAUUAGGCAACCGCUUUGGAGAUGUUUCGAAGAUUGGUAUAAUUUGCAGAAACCUCCUUUUCCUAAACUAGAAGAUUCUAGAGAGACAAAGUUAACACCGACAUCGUCAGACAUGGUAAUAUCAAACAAACACAAAAUUACAAUUCCUGUAAUUGUGCCACGUAUAUCAAAUUACAUUUAUAUGAUGAGGGCGAUACCACCACGCAAAAGUAUGAAAGAUACCUCCUACUUACACUAG